AUGGUUCAAAAGACUGUUUUGAGGGUUAAUGAUAUAUCAUCUUGCCAUAAAUGCAAGACCAAGCUUCUCAAGGCUGUCUCUGGCUUACAAGGGGUUGAUAAAGUGGAAGUGGAUGGAGCAAAGGGAAUAAUGAGUGUAACGGGUGAUGCGGAUCCGUAUGAGAUAAUAGUAAGAACAAGGCGGAAAACCGGAAAGUUUGCAGAGGUGGUGAGUAUUGGGCCACCUCCAAAGCCCGAUGAGAACAAAAAGCCCGAAGACCAGAAGAAAAAGCCCGAAUACCAGAAUAUUGAUCAUAUGCCCUUCACCUGCCCAAUUUGUGACAGAAUUCCAUUCAUUCCUACCACCCGUUGGGAAGAACCUACCCCACAAUGCCACAUCUUGUGA